AGAGAGAAGAAAAGAAUCAAAGCAGAAAAUUCAGGUGGCUAAAAUGGCGGACAACAAAGAAAUCAUCCCACCGCCGUACGACGUGAACGCCAAAUGGGACGCCUGUCUCGAUCUGACCAUCCGGCGCUUCGUCUACUCCUCCUUGGGUGGUGCCUUUGGCGGUCUCCUUUUGUUCAGAAGUCCGGUGUCCCGUUGGGCUUCUGUAGCUUUUGGUGCUGGAUUGGGCAUUGGAUCUGCAUACACAGAGUGCUCUCAUUUGUUUGAGGGAUCUCCAGCAAAGCCGGCUGCUCCUAAGAUUGUUGAGAAUCCUGCUCCUCAGGACGGACAAGAUUGAGUUUAUGCAAAGUCAAGUUAACCCACAGUCUUGGGAUUCAAAUAGGAGGUUUUUUGACUGUUGGUCGCGUUUAUGCCUGCUACGGAUUUGAAUAUGUAGUACGAAUGCUGUUUUUGAUUGAUAAAGAUUUCACCUGAUCCACUUCAGACUUAAUACAAAUUUAUUGCCUUUCGUUCUGUAAUGCUGUCACUCUACAAACUUAGUUUGUGGAAGGAAAAAAUAAUUGCGAUUGCGGGUUUGGUGUCUUUGAUGACUAAACGAAAGGAAACUCAUCAGUAUGUAUUAUGUGCAUCGUCGUUUGCUGAUAAUCCUAGUAGUUGUCCUUGGCGAUGCUGAACA